AUGGUUAAAGUGCAAAUUAUUUUGGCUGUUGCCUACUACCAAAUGCCUAUGGUCCAUAGUUGUGGAAGACCUAAUCCUAGUCCUAAAUUAGUUCCUUCCAUACUGUCAGUUUUAGUUGAGAAAAUCGUGCUGAGGCUUCUGCACGAUAAGCUGAGCGAAGACGAAACAAUACAACAGCUUGUCGUUUUGGAAAGAUGCUUCAGGAUUCUGGAAUCGAGUACCGUGUUUCACAAGAAGAAUCAGGCCUUCCUCAUCUCACAUCGCGGAAGUUUGCUGAUACAAAUGUGUGGGAAAUUAAUGACUAUCAUACAUGAAACAAUUAGUAAUUGUGCUGUCGGAUCGCAGCUGGCUCGCUCCCAUAUAGCUUGUCUAUCCUUGAUGGCUCGAGUGCUUAUGAAUCUUUCUCACGAAAAUGAACUUUGUUGUACCAAGCUGGGACAGGUUCCGGGUUUUCUUCCACUUUGUCUCUCAUCGUACACAUUCCUUGCACCCAAGUUCGCGCCGGAAGAUAAGAAGUUUGACCUAUAUGUGAUGAUGACAUCGUUGUGUGUCAAUUUGGUCGAGAGGUGCAACUCAAAUCGCCGAAAACUUAUCGAGACCACUGUAAAAGUUCACGCGGAAAAUGGUGAAGAUACCGAGCACAAAGCUCUCGAUGCGCUUGCAAUUUUGUUCACAGUUCACGAAGCGAAAGCACGGAAUAUUGAUGAGGAUUUGGAUAAGGAUUUAGCGUUUGAGGAACCUGUUGAUGAGGAGACCAAUGACACUGAUGAAGAAAGUAGAGACGAUGGGCGAUUAGAUAGAGGGAAGUUGAACGAGAUGAAUGAGAGUGAGAUGUUACAGGCAGUACAAGAUGCCAUGAGCAAGGCUUCCGCGCACAUGGAGGACAGUGUUGUUGCUUCUUACGUCGCUCUUCUGAUCGGUUGCUUACUGCAACAAAAUGAGGGUCACGCAGCAAUUGUGCGUUCACAUCUUCAGGGUGGUUCAUUUGCUACAAUGAUUGAUCAAUUACAACGCUUCUUGGAUUUCAUGAAAAUAGCGAGUAAAAAAGCUGGAGGAUGCAGAUCGAUUGAGCGCAUCAUCGAUUUACUGGAUAGGUUGAAUUGA